UGAAUAUUUUAUACCCAUUUUUGUGAGUUUACUUAUUGACUAAUUUACAAAAUGAAGGAUCUGGACCUUACCUUGGACUACAUGGAAAAUGCGCGCUUCAAUUACACGUACGGGCCCUUGAUCACGCACAUGCAGACGGAGUCACCUUUUACAAGGACCGAGUUGCUCUGCAUUUCCAUGGUCUAUCACAAAUUUGCGCUGGGGAAUGGACCCAAGGCCAAGUUCAUAACCUUAAUGCAGCUAAGCAAUAUAUUGGAGCUGAUGUUCAAUGUGACAGAUCGAGAAAUAAACAGACGCAUUGUGGCCCGUAUUAGCUAUGAUCCGGACUGUACGGACUCCAAAUCCUCGUCGGAGCGGCACUGUAGCCUGGCCAGCUUUAUCAGACUUUUCUCCAUCUACUUUUCCACAGAUCUGGAGAAGCGCAUGCAGUUCGUUUUUAGCAUUUACGAUGAAAAUGAUCGUGGCUACUUGGAACGGGAAGACGUGGUGUUUUUUGUGGAGAAGUUUUUUGACGGCGAUGACGAGGAUGAGAUCUUUGAGCUGCGCACUGAUAUGCUUGAAGUGCUUUUUGCUAAAUUUGAUAUAGACAAGGACAUGCACAUCUCGUUUGAGGAAUAUUCCGAGGUUGUGCGCAUGCAGCCGCAACUUAUGGAAUUUCUGGGCAUGGUUUAUCCCACACAGGAUCAGCUGGACAUUGUGCGAUUGUGUGUAAAUGUCCUUUCCUGAUGCCAGGAAUUGCAAUUCCCUUGCUUACGCGCAAAAAGUGCUCACGCUCUAAAGUUAUAAAUAGAACUUGAGCACUUUUUGCACUUGAGCAAAGACUUGUAUAACAGCAUUUGAUGGCCAUGAGCACAGAACUGUAUAACAGAUUGGAACAAGCACCGGCUUCAACAAAUUAAAAUUUUCGAGUGCAUUUUUCUGUUAUACUUUGUAUUGAACAUUUCUCCCAUAAGUUUGUAUAACACUAUUUGAUUAUGGCCAUGAGCACAGAACUGCAUGCACAGAACUGUAUAACAGAUUUGAACAAGCGCCGGCUUCAAUAA